AUGGCGUUUCAAGAACCGGCCCUCACGGCCGACUACGGCCUGGCCAAACGAAUCUCGCCCAAAAAGGUGGGCCUGGGUCAUCUCGUCCAAGAGAAGCAGAAUCUGCUGUGGGCCAAGUCUUCGGCCAGCGCUGCCGACGUCAUGCAGCUUCUGCAGAGCAACGGUCUCGUAGCGCUGCCCAUCUACGACGAAAAGCGCAAGAAGUUCAUCGGCGUUGCACACAUCUUUGACGUCACCAUGGCGCUACUCGAUGGCAGCCAAGGCGCAGUCGAUGAGCCCAAGAACAUCGUAUCGAGCGAAGCGGUCAUCAAGAGGGCCACCGAACGUGCGUCGCAAUCGAUUGGCGACCUCCUCUUCAACGAUGUCACCGAGUGCAUGGUCUGCUUCCACUGCGCCGAUCCGAUCGAGAAGGCCAUCAAGCCCCUCAACGCGGUACCCCACCACGUACUCGUCACGAUGACCAACGAGCAGGAGGAGAACGAGGAGCAGCUCGAGGCCGGUGGCGUCGUCGAGGGCCGCUACCGUCUGCUGUCGCAGACCGACGUCGUACGUUUCCUCUCGCGCCAUCAGCACGAGCUCGAGAGGGAGCUCCUCGAUCGCGUACUACUCGCCACCAUCGACGAGCUGGGCCUGGUCGCCGACCGGCCCGUCGUUUCCUGCUUCCCCGCCGAAGGCAAGCUCGCCCUCGACGCUUUCAACGAGAUGAAGGAGAACAAGGUGUCGGCGGUGGGCGUGUGCGAGAAGGGGACGGGCAGGCUGCUCUACAACCUGGCGGCGUCGGACCUGCGGGGCAUGACGGUGCAGAAGAUGCACCUGCUCCUGAGGCCGGUGCCCGAGUUCCUGAGCCAGCUGGGCAGCCGCAAGCUCAUCUUCCCCAUCACCGCGCAACCGGAGACUCGCGUCAGAGACCUGCUCGAGAACCUGCUUGCUGGCCGUUCGCAUAGGGCGUACGUGAUCGAUGAUCAGCAGAGGCCCAUCGCCGUCAUCUCCUACACCGACAUUCUCAGCAAGAUCAUCCCCUAG